AUGGUGGCGGUAAUGCGCCAUUUCGUUGUUUGACAACCUCCGUAAUACACCACGAAGAAGAAGUAGAAGAAGAAGAAGAAGAAGAAGAAGAAGAAGAAGAAGAAGAAGCAGAAGCGUUACCAGCCAUGGAAAGUCUGCGGGUGCUCGAGCUCUACAGUGGGAUAGGAGGCAUGCAUUACGCUCUAAAGGAGAGUGGCAUACCUGCUCAGGUAGUGGCUGCCAUCGACAUCAACACAACAGCCAAUCAAAUCUACAAGCACAAUUUCCCUGACACCACCCUCUGGAACAAGACCAUUGAGGGCAUGACACUAGAUGACUUCAAUAAAUUACCGUUUGACAUGAUUUUGAUGAGUCCUCCUUGUCAGCCUUUUACCAGGAUAGGACUUCAGGGUGACAUUGUUGACCCCAGAACCAAGAGCUUCCUCUACAUCCUACAUCUUCUGCCAAGUCUCACUGAGUUCUUCUGUCCUACGCUGAUCUCCGCCUCUGCUCCUGAUCUGAUCUCCUCCUCAGUGUUACUUCUCCUUUUAGACAGUGGAGCUGAAAACCAAACACUUUGGAAAUGGCUGUGCAGGCUGCCCCGAUUCAUCCUGCUGGAGAAUGUGAAAGGCUUCGAGAGCUCCUCUGCCAGGUAACGUCAAUAGGUCCCCAUGUCGGUAGGCAGCAACAUGUACAGUAGGAAGGUAGUAUUGACAUCUACAAAUGAGUACAAUAUUGGUCUGUGUCUGUCCUGUAGUAUAAAGUCUUUGCGCCCACUGACACUUGAGUUUUACUAUUUCACAUGUUCUACUCCGUCCAUAGUUUGAAAACCAAGUGAAUUGUGAAAUGAACAUCCAUCGACAUGCACUGAUCUAUUUUGAGACGAUUGGAUUGGUCUGCAUCUACAUUGGAUGUUGAUUAGAGCUAGAUCUAGAUCUAUUCCCAAAGUAAUCAUACUUAUGGAAAUGAAUCAAAAGAUGAGCAGUGGCACCAGUUGUCUUAUGUCAAUAUGAACAGAGAGGGCCAUGAGUUCUUUGUAAGACAUCUAAUAAAUCAAUCAAUGCUUUUACAGUGCAACCGCUGCUUAUUGUAAUUGCAUGAUGUUAAAGGGAUAUUCAUCCAUACUUGCCUGAUAUAAACAGUAUUGUCAACUCAGUUUCGAUCUUCAGUCUGACAUUGACUCCACUAAGUUUAUUUUCCGAUCCAAUCACUAGAGACCAACGUAUCUACAGGAAUCUAACAGCAUUUUAAGUCAACACUGAUGCGAAGCCAUUGUUUUUGAGAAGUUAUGCUGGGGUUUUAAGAGUGGAGUAGAGCGAAGUAUAAGAUACACUACAAUCGAGAAAAACUGCCAUCUACAGCGCACAGCUCGACAACGCUUCACAACCGCUUGACAAUGGCAUUAGUCCCGCCCCUGGCGUUAAUUAGUUCAUCAUUAGUCUCCAAACAGAGCUCAUUGGUUGGUUACAUUUUAACCAAGAAAAGUCUGUUUCAUGUCACGAUGCCAGACAAAUCAGUCACCUCAAACUCAAUGGAGGGGCUGAAUUCAAAGGUCUGGACUCAGGCAGCAUGCACAUGUUUUUCCAGUCUGAAAAAAAGAAUGGGUUAAAAUAACAUUAAAAAUCCUCAAAAGAGCUUAGACCAUUUUCAUUAUAACAUAACAAGGUAUGCUUGAUGCUCAAACACAGUCAAAGUUGAUGGACCAUGUUUUCUGUCAUAU